AUCGACCAUCCUCGGCUAGUCUUCCUUUAAUUUUCUCUGCAUGAUAAGUUGAGAGGAAGAGAUAGAGAGAGCUCUAGGGUUUCUCAUCACCAACUGAGUCCUCCUCCUUAGCUUCUUCUACAUAAAUAUCACCCUCUUAAUUUCCGUUGAGAGAGAGAGAGAGAGAGAGAGAGAUAUUAUCAGUUUGAGUUUUCUUAGUUAGGGUUUACAGAUCUAGAGAGAUUAUGGCUAUAGUAGCAGACAGUCACCAUCCCUUGGCAUUUACAUUUGGAAUUCUAGGAAAUCUAAUAUCAGCCAUGGUUUACUUAUCCCCAGUGCCGACAUUUUAUCGAAUUUACAGGAAAAAAUCAACGGAAGGAUUCCACUCGGUGCCAUAUCUGGUAGCAUUGUUCAGUUCCAUGCUUUGGUUCUACUAUGCGUUGGUAAAAACGAAUGCUAUGAUGCUCAUCACCAUUAACUCAUUCGGAAGUUUUGUAGAGAUCAUCUACAUCGUCAUGUUCGUUGUUUAUGCACCAAAGGAAGCUAGGAAGUUGACAGUGAAACUAUUUGGUAUUAUGAAUGUGGGACUUUUCACCAUGAUCCUUAUCGUUUCUCACUUUCUAGUGGGGAGUGCAUACCGGGUCCCAAUUCUUGGAUGGAUUAAUGUUGCCAUUUCUACCGGUGUUUUUGUUGCGCCCUUAAGCAUUGUGGCACAGGUUAUCCGAACAAGAAGUGUGGAAUUUAUGCCAUUUGGCUUGUCAUUUUUCCUCACAUUGAGUGCCGUUAUGUGGUUUGCAUAUGGAUUGCUCCUCAAGGACAUAUGUGUUGUAAUUCCAAACGUUCUGGGUUUUGUGUUGGGACUGCUUCAGAUUCUGCUGUAUGGGAUAUGCCGAAACCGAGAACAGGUGAUAAUAGACGAUCAUGAGAAAAAGCUACCGGCUGCUACACAUGAGAACGUGAAAAACAUUGUGAUCAUAGCCACAUUAGCAGCUUCCGAGGUUCAUCCGGUGGAUGAUCAACCGAACAAUUGUAACAAUGACACCGAUGUUAAUAAUAACGCCGCCGUUAGAGACGCAAAGGAGCAUGAACGAACGGAUGAUCAUCGUCAUGUGGAAAAUGCUUCCGUCGAGCUUCAGCCUAAUGAAACAUCAUCUGCAGUGUGAUGCUGGCAAAGUCGUAUGUCGUACUUCUCGGAAAGAAAAAAACUACGAUCAAUCGAGCGCCGUUUGAUGUGUAGCAGCAGCAGACGCUUUAUCACGCCAAGAUGUUAUCUGAUCUUGUUAUAUUAUGUUUUUUGGUUAAUUGUCCCUUAAUUAAUUAUUAAAUGGCAGUUCCAUGCGUGGGGACUCUGGCGGUUCUCAGCGAUGUAAAGUAAUUGUGGGCUGGAAAGCUACAUCUAUCUGCGCUUGGCUUUGAAUAAUACUCAUUAUUAAUAUCAA